GCUUUCUCUGUAUUUUUCGAGGCACUUUGCCUCAUCGCAUCCGCAGAGAGCCCUCGGUGCUGAAGCUGCGGCAUCCUUGAAGAAGCCAAAAGUAACCAGGAAGAAGUAUGAUGAACUCCCAGCUUCACGCGUCCUAGGAAAUGGAAACAUCGCGUCCCCCUUGCCAGAAUGGCAUGGAGGUCUUAGAGCGUCCAUGCUUGCGUACGAGCAUACACACUCCACGCUUCCCGAGCCUCUCGUCUCAGCUUCUUCUGAGCCGCCAGACGUCGCCUCCGAAAGUGCGAGCAUGCCAGUGGACAUGGGCUUAGGCCUCACCAAGGCAGGGAAACCGCGAAAGAGACGUGCAAAGUCCGCGUCGCCAUCCGAGCGUACUGAUGCGGGGAUCACCUCUGAGUCUAUGACGGGCUGCCCCGAGAUAGCCACAAUUCCUGUUGAGAGGAAGGCGCGCAAACGUAAAAGUACCGUACCCUUUGCGAAAGAGGUUGAGCCUCCAACCACCCCGCUGGCUAUUGAAGUGUUGGAUAAUCUUGCAAGAUACCCGCACUGUAUAUUACUGACCAGAGUAGGACAGUUCUACGAGUCUUAUUUCGACCAAGCGGCCGAAGUGUCCCGCCUAUUGAACAUCAAGCUAACUAAGAAGACAUGGAGUGGUCAACGCAUCCACAUGUGCGGCUUCCCCCUAAUGCACCUUAACAAGUACCUGAAGAUGCUAGUGCAAGAGCAUAGCCGCUUUGUGGCUAUGUGCGAGGAGUUUCCUCGAUAUCCUGCCCUUGGAGCCAAAGGAGGUUUCGACCGCCGGGUCGUUCGUAUAGUCACUCCGGGAACUCUGAUCGACGAGCCUUUUUUGAACCCGUACGAGAACAACUACCUGCUUUCUGUGGUCCCUUCCUCCACGGACCUCUCUCCCCGAGAGUGGCCGUCAAGUCUCCCCGUUGGGCUCGCGUGGAUCGAUGUUUCGACCGGCGAAUUCUACACCAAGAGCAUCACCCUGGCUGGCUUGCGAGACGAGCUGGUACGUGUCAGUCCUAAGGAGGUCAUCCUUGACGAGCGGUUCUCCAAGGACGACGCCAACCCGAUUCGGAGAGCAGUCUCCGAGGAGGACUGCUUCGUGUCGUUCUCCGCACCACCUAAGACUCCCAUUCCACCCGCCGACUCGACUGUUACCAUCCAAGCGAGCCCGGACGAUGUCACCGCAGACGUCGAACCUUUGGAUGGACUGCUACCCGUGCCCCUUGCGGGCGAGGAGACGAGAGCGGUCGAACUGUUGACGGCCUUCAUGUACGCGAACCUUAUGGACCAUAUGCCAUCGCUCAGCUCUCCCGCACGGGAAGUUUCCUGCGGAAGGAUGCAGAUCGACACCCACACCGUGAAGGCUCUAGAGUUACGCGAGGGCAUGCGCGAGGGUGGGACCACCGGCAGUCUCCUCAGUGUCAUCAAGCGGACAGUAACGACCAGCGGCACCCGCCUUCUGACGCGAUGGCUAUGUUCACCCAGCACAUCUGUGACGGAGAUCAACGCUCGCCAGUCUCUAGUUGCGUUCUUCCACGCCAGACCCUUCCUUCGGCAGGACCUCGUGCAAGUCCUGCGUGACGCCGAAGAUGCGACACGCAUCGUGCAGAAAUUUCUGCUCGGACGGGGAAGCUUCUCGGACCUUUCUGCUCUUUGUACCACUGUCGAGACGUGGUCGUCGAUCAAGGAGAGGAUCCUCACGGAGCAGAAGAUGGAGCGGGCGGAAGACCAUCCUCUAGCCGACGCCCAGUGGGCGAGUGUCGACGCCCUCAUGAAUAGGAUGAGCGACCUGAGCGAUCUGGCCGCCAGAAUCAGUAUGGCGCUCGCGCAGCGUGAGGAUGCGAUUCGCAUAGGCGACGAAAUGGGGGAGGGGUUUCCCUCGUCGGAGUCGUCGCCCGCUCAAUUGCGUGACCCAAGGAACCCACUAGGGAUCAUCGACUGGACCAUCAAGCCUGAGUACUCGCAGCAACUCAUGAGAUUGCACGACACAUUGCAGUCGCUCCUUUCCGACCGAGAUAAACUCGAGCAGCGAUUACAAAUUGAAUAUAACGUCCCGUCGUUGAGUCUUCGCGCCUCGCCCGGCCAGGGCAUGCACGUCCACGUAGCGCGGAAGAGGGAAGCUGCCAAAUUGAGAGACGCCAAAGACUUCGUGCCUCUAUCAGAGAGCGGCUCCACAUGCACCCUCUUCAAUCGGGAAUGGUCGCGAUUAGCCGGUCAGAUCAGCGAGACUACGCUCGCUAUCAGUACUGCUGAGAAAGAGGCGUUCGAGCAGUUGCGUACCGAGGUAGUCGCCCGCUCCAGCGACGUUAGACGCAACGCUCGCAUUAUUGACGAGCUCGAUGUUACAUUAUCUUUCGCGGACCUCGCGGUGGAGAUGCGGUUUGUCCGACCCAUCGUGACGGACGGAACUUCGUACCACAUCGUCAACGGCCGUCACCCCACGGUGGAACUCGGCCUCCUCACCUCAGGACGGGGCUUCACCCCAAACACAGUCACCUUCACACCCGACUCUCCGCUCCAUGUUAUCACCGGGCCAAAUAUGGCGGGGAAGUCGACGUUACUCCGGCAGACCGCGCUCAUCGCCAUCCUCGCGCAGACCGGGUCGUUCGUGCCCGCUGACUACGCCGAGAUUGGGGUAGUCGACAGGGUGUUCUCGCGCGUGGGGGCGAAGGACGACCUGUUCCGCGACCGGAGCACGUUCAUGGUCGAGAUGCUCGAAGCCGGUGACAUCCUCCGACGGGCCACGCCGCGCAGCCUGGUCAUCAUGGACGAAGUAGGUCGAGGUACCACGGUCGAGGACGGCCUGGCGAUCGCCUUCGCCACCGUCCACCACUUGCUCUCCGUGAACGGCUGCCGCGCCAUGUUCGCCACCCACUUCCACGAGCUCGCCGACAUGCUCGGGCACGAUCCCGCCACGCACCGCGGCGAAGGGCCAUUCUCCAAGAUCGCCUUCUACUGCACCGACGUCGACGAGAUCGAGAAUGGCGACUUCGCCUACUCCCAUCGACUCAGCCCUGGGGUGAACCGCGACAGCCAUGGGCUCAAGGUGGCGCAGCUGGCGGGGAUGCCGGAGCCUGCGGUGAGCGUGGCGCGCUCUGCCCUUGCGUGGCUGAAGGAACGCUCGGCUCAGCGCGUCGGGCGCGGUGUGGAGCUCCACGCCCUGGGACAGUCGCUUGCGGUCGAUAGCCCGUGAGCAUAGUGCGGCUUGUCACUAGUGUAUAUAGCUAAGAAGGUCAC